AUGCUCCGCACACAUUUCGCCAAAAGACUAUUUUCCUCCACAAUCGCCAGACGCGACACCCUUGCGUUUGUCGAAACCGCCAACGGCGCCGUUUCCCCGGCUGCGUGGUCCGCUUUGUCGGCUGCCAAAGAGUUCGGGAAACCAGUCACUGCUAUUCUCGCGGGCCCGGAUGCUGCAGAGAACGCUGCUGAAGUUUCCAAAAAGGACGGUGUUCUGAAGGUGUUGGUGGCCUCGGAUGGCCGCUAUAGCCAUUUGCUCGCGGAAGAAUUGGCCCCUUUGUUCAAGAACGUAAUUGAGGGUAACGGCUACACGCACUUUGUUGCGCCUGCCAGUGCGGUGGGCAAGUCGGUGGUUCCUCGUCUCGGUGCAUUGCUCGAUGUUCAGCCUGUUUCCGAUAUCGUCAAGGUGUUGGGCGAGGAUACGUUCGUCAGACCUAUCUAUGCUGGUAAUGCGCUUGCAACCGUCAAGACCAGCGAUAAGCUUGUUUUGGCCUCUGUGAGAGCCUCGGCAUUCCCUGCUGUUGGCGACGCCAGCAGCGCUGCCCCAAUUGAAGAGGUUUCUGGCGUAGACUCUGGAAACAGAACCACCUUCGUCUCCGAACAGCUUGUCAAGUCCGAGAGACCCGAGUUGGGCUCCGCUGCACGUGUUGUUGCUGGUGGCCGUGGUUUGAAGAACAAGGAGACUUUCGACGCUUUGAUGGAGCCUUUGGCUGGCAAGUUGAACGCCGCCAUCGGUGCCUCCAGAGCUGCUGUCGAUGCUGGCUACUGUGACAACUCGUUGCAGGUCGGUCAGACGGGUAAGAUUGUUGCUCCAGAGUUGUAUGUGGCCGUGGGUAUCUCCGGUGCUAUCCAGCAUCUUGCUGGUAUGAAGGACGCCAAGACCAUUGUGGCCAUCAACAAGGACCCAGAGGCUGCCAUUUUCAACGUUGCCGACAUUGGGUUGGUUGCAGACCUCAACGAGGCUCUUCCGGAGCUUACCGAGAAGUUGUAG